UUUUUCUAUACAUCUCAUUCACCAUGUCCUUAUUAAAAUCAUUAUUCCAGCAAACACGCCCCAUGUUUGGCAUGUUUCAACAACAACAGCAACAAUUACUCAAUACCCCUGCCAUGCUUACCGUAAUUCGUACCAUGAAAGUUCGAUCUUCUGUCAAGAAAUUAUGUGAUGGUUGCACCACUGUCCGAAGACGAGGAAAACUUUUUGUUACCUGCAACAAGAAUAAGAAGCAUAAGCAACGUCAAGGAUAAAAUAUACCUUUCUUAUUCUUUGGCUCUCCUAAUUGUAUCCGUUUUUGUUGGUCCGUCAUUCUUUCUGUAUAAAUAUAUUUUUCCAUGUUUUUAUUAUUAGAUUUAGUAUUCUUCAGUAUUGUCUUCAUUCUAUUUUAUAUAUAUUGUAUCUAUACUGUUCAAUAAACAAAAAAAAACGUUAAUUGCCUAUUAUAUUCAA